CCACAACAACCCUGCGCCAGCACAUCAUGGCCUCCUCUCAGUUCGGCGGACUGCCCGUCUUCACCGCCGCUGCCAUUGCGGCCGCGGCGCUCGCCGCCGGCCUCACGCUGCCGGCGCUGGUCCCUGCCGCUGCCGUCGUGCCCCGUCGCCUCGGCAUCAAGGCCCGCUCGCAGCAGGGCCGCGGCGUGCUCGACGAGCACGAGCUGGCGCGCCGCAGCCUGACCUGGCUCAUCCAGGCGUUCGGCACCGGCGGCAGGCACGCCGCGGACACUGCCGUGGGCGUGAUGGUCGCCAGUCCGAGCAGACCCGAGGACCGCCCGGGCGGCAAGGACGAGAAUGAGUGCUACUACUUCAACUGGCCCAGAGACACUGGACUGUGCGUGCGCGCACUCAUCGGCGCCCUCGAGCGCGCCGAGCAGGGCCUCGAGAUCGGAGUCGAGCAGGAGUCUGCACGCCGCCUGCACGGCAUCAUCAAGGACACUGUGGAGCUCAACAUGAAGCUGCAGCUGCUUCCGAACCGCUCAGGCACGUUUGAGACGGGCGGCAUCGGCGAGCCCAAGUACAUGCCAGACGGCAGCGCUUUUGAGGACAGCUGGGGCCGGCCGCAGAACGACGGCCCUGCGCUGCGGGCGCUGUCGUACCUGCGCUACGCCAACUACCUGCUCGCCACUCGCCCGGCCGGCUCGUCGGAGCUCGAGUUCAUCUCAACGCUCUACCCGCGUGGAGGCACCCCGGACUCUGUGCGCGCGCUCGUGCGCGACGAUCUCGACUUCGUCGCCCGCGUCUGGGCAACCGACAACACCUUUGAGCUCUGGGAGGAGGUCGAGGCCUCGCCCUCGGCGGGCGGCGGACACUUCCACGUGCUGUGUGUCCAGCGCGCGGCGCUGCUGUCGGGCGCCCGCUUCGCUGCGCGCGGCGACAUCGCCGACGAGGAGCGCGCGGAGCGCUACACCGCGGCGGCGCACGCCAUCGAGGAGCGCAUGGAGCGCUUCUGGAUCACCGACGGCAAGAUUGAGCAUGAGGGCGGCGAGGCAAUCAAGGAGGGCCCAAUGGCCAUUGAGUGGGACGACGCGCGCCGGCUCGGUGCGAUUAGCAAGAGCACGCUUGCGCUGCCGCACGCCACUCCCACGCUCCAGCGUCUUGGCGGGCAGCAGAAGCCGACCGAGGUCGAUGUCGCGUGCGUGCUCGGCUUCAUCCACGGCUGGAGCGGGCACCUCGAAGGCCAGGACAAGGACCUCUGGGCGCCGUGGGGCGAGCGCGCUGCGGCCACCCUGUACCGCUGCCUGCUGGUGUUCCGCGACGUCUAUGCCAUCAACCAGGGCAAGGAGCUCAAGGACGGCAUUCUCGUGGGCCGCUACCCCGAGGAUGUGUACGACGGUGUCGUCCAGUCGAUCGGCCACCCGUGGUUCCUCACGACGCACGGCACGGCCGAGCUGCUCUUCAUCUCGGCCGCGCACUGGGCUCGGCUGGGCCACGUCAAGAUCACCGCGCUCUCCCUGCCGCUGCUGCAGAUCUGCGACCCGAGCGCCAACAUUGGCACGUUCCACCGCGGCAGCGACGAGUACGAGCGUGCUCUGCGCGGCCUGCGCUCCCUCGCCGAGCAGCAGCUGGCGCGCUGCCGGGAGCUCGUCUACUCCGACGGACGCAUGGACGAGCAGAUCGAGCGCCAGAGCGCCGUGCAGCGCGGUGCACGCCACUUGAGCUGGAGCUACGCGAGCUACCUGUCGUGCUGGGACGCACGCGACGCUCGCGAGGCGCGCACGUAGCGUGCGCCAGCAAGUGACCCUGGAUCAUCGCCUCUUCAAGUUAUCGUCAAUCACCGAGCCCCACACUCCGUCCCCCUGCACCUCGAGCGCCACGAAGCGCCGUGGAACGACGCGCACUGGGCGCGACAUGGAGCGUCAAAGGGAGCACCCCCUGACGCACCACUCCCCCUCACAUCACAUACCGUGGCCAUAGACUGUGACAUUCUCCCUACACCUCGCCCUCCCACCCAUCCAAAUCAAUGUCCUCAUCGCUGCCCAC